UGAGUUGAGAUAUGGUAAAAUAAGACGUGUGUUACAACAGAAACAGAGAAGAGUUCAUGUGGACAUAAAAACCAAAGUGCUAUGGAGGUUUGAGGCUCAGUACAGUUUAAAGUUACACACAGUCUGUGACUUACUCGCACAGACACACACACUGUUUUGGUGUGACUGUGUCACAUGACCCCAAAGAUGACGUCACUGUCCCUGUCCUCUAUGUUCGGAAUGUCCCUGAUAUUUAAACCACCCCCCUACAGACACUUUGCCCCUGCACUCAAACCAAACAUCCACACAUGGAGCUAAAGCAGGGGGGCGGUGCCUGAGCGUGGCUUUUGUAGGGAGUGGUCAGUGGUCAAAACUAUAAAAGACCUGAGCAGCUGUAGUUGGAGGUUUGACUGUGACUCAUCUCACAAUGCCGUGGCUACUCUCAUCUAAAGAUGACCUUCUGUCCUCUUCACCAUCGGAACGUCAGUGUGAAAGGACUGCCUUCUCCUUCUACUGCUCGGUGAGGGAGGGCCUUCCGGUAUGGCUGCUGGAGGACAUGCGAAGUAUGGAGGUGUUCUGUUGGGAGGAUGGUCGCCCAAGAGCAUUUCUGCCAUCGGAGGCGCUACUGUACGCAAUCGUGCAUGACCACAGAGAGUACGCCCAUUACCUGCUCAACAGCUAUUCUGUCAACACACUGAGGAUGCCACAGUGCAGCUUCUGUCGCAGCCACCGCAGUGGUACACCACACCUGAGUGUGGCCGUGCGCUACGACCGCAUCUCCAUCCUUAGCAUGAUGCUGGAGACGCUGAAAGACUUUGCUACGUCAAGUGAACAGCAGGAGUUUCUGGACGGCUGUGGUAGCUGCUCUCAUGGCACAGAUGCUGGAAAGACAGCUGUGCAGGUGGCUGUAGAGCUGUCUCGCUCUGACUGUCUGUUGCUGCUGCUGGUUCAUGGGGCACAGCCUGAUGGACUUGACCUUGCACUGCAGAUGUUGGUGUCGUGCGAGGUGUCACAACAACGUCAUGCACAACGCUGCCUUGAUCUGCUGCUUCUGUUUCUGCCUAAACCACAGCCACCACAUUUUAUGCAGGAAGAGCCAAGUCGCUGGCAAGGUCUGCUGGGAAACAAAGUGUUCAGUUGGCUGUGUGGCCUGGCUCCACCUCCACUCCUGCUACAGGCUCUCAGGUGUCUGGCCCAGUCUGGCCCAGAUCAGAUCAGCACACUACCCAGCUUCCUGCAGCCGCACAGCUGGCAGUGAACACAUUACUGUGGAAUCAUUACUCAGGACUACAGAAAUUGGAGAAUAAUAAUAAUAAUUAUGUAAAUAUUGAUCAAACAAUACUGCUCUUACUGUGAAGUCACCAUCAAUUCAUACUGUGUAUAGAUUGACGGUGGUAAUGUGAGGGUUCUCCAAACAGCUCCUUAAUGUCUAGACUAUCUAGAAACCAGGAGAUUUGUUUUAAUUUCGACAAAGCUGGUGCAAAAAUGU